CAGGUACCGCAGCCAGCCACAUUCUGCUUCCCGCAAGCCAUUUCCCGUCCCGAUCGAUCGGCCCGUGCUUCCUCUUCUUGAGCAGCCCGACCGCCUUGGAUCCAUGGACCAUCACGUCGGCUCCUCCCACGUGCACGCCGACGGCGAGCGCAGGGCCAAGGAGGAGGACGUCGUCGUGGUGCUCGCCGUCGACGCCGAGGCGGCCGAUCCGAAGCCGGCCGAGGCCGACGACCGCCCGGGCGACGGCGAGGGCGGCGUCAACUACAUGGCCCGCGCGCAGUGGCUCCGCGCGGCGGUCCUCGGCGCCAACGACGGCCUCGUCUCCGUGGCGUCCCUCAUGAUCGGCGUCAGCGCCGUCAACGACGGCGGCAAGACGAUGCUCGUGUCGGGCCUGGCCGGGCUGGUGGCCGGCGCCUGCAGCAUGGCCAUCGGCGAGUUCGUGUCCGUGUACGCGCAGUACGACAUCGAGGUGGCCCAGAUCAAGCGCGACGGCGCCAAGGGCAAGAAGGAGAGCCUGGCGAGCCCGACGCUGGCCGCGCUCGCGUCGGCGCUGGCGUUCGCGGUGGGCGCGCUCCUGCCGCUGCUGGCCGGCGGGUUCGUGAGGCCGUAUGGCGCCAGGGUCGGGGCGGUGUGCGCGGCGACCACCGUGGGCCUGGCCGGCUUCGGUGCGGCGGGCGGGUACCUGGGCGGCGCGAGCAUGUUACGGUCGGGGUCCAGGGUCCUCCUGGGCGGGUGGGUCGCCAUGGCGGUCACGUACGGCGUGCUCUGGCUGUUCGCCAAGGUGUCCCACAUUCAGGUCUCGUCGCUGGGGUGAAGCGGCCGUGAUGGUUUGGCAGGUGGUGGGUGGAGUGAUUUGCAGAAUUAAUACAAGGGCUAGAGCUAGCUGUGUCAAUUGGUGCUUAUAUCUGGCGCGCGCCAUGCGCAUGCUUAAUGGCUACCCAUAUCUUAGUAGAGAUCUCCCGGAUCAAUCGGUGUGUGAUGUUUUUUUUCGGCUUAUAUAUAGUGUAAUGGCUCCAGUUGGUGGCAUUGUAAGGCUAAACCAGGCUAAUGAAAAUACUAUGCUAUUUACCA